AUGCACAAAGGAGGCGAGGACGACGAUGAGGAAGUCACGCCGGCUGCUGGACCAGCUCCUGCUGAAGUAAGCUGGGAUCGAAAUGAAGAGGGCGAUGAACGGUACUACUAUAAAAAGUACUCAGAAAUCGAAGAGUUAUCGUAUAAGCAUUCAAAACUUCAGUGUCAGGACACCGAUUCAUUUUACGUACCUCAAACACAACAGUGCUAUCGAGUGUUUUAUUGUAAAAAAGCACGGCGCUAUCGUCCAAGUAUGAAUAGUAGUUGGCCGAUAUGUAGAGGAGAUAAGACGUGGGUCAAUAGUGAAAUGAACUGUCGAAAGAAAUAUCAUGGGCGGCUCUUCGAUUUUCUGGACGCACCAAAUGACAAGCUGAAGUUCGCAUGGUGGAUUGCAAAAAAGACCGGCCAGAAGAUGGAACGGGCGGGAUACUUAUGGAAUAUGGUAAUUGGAACUCGACUGGACAGUGAAGGAAUGCUAACUGGUAAUACGAGAGUAGUGUUCGGUCAAUACGGGGUAAAACUUUUCUCGCGACCACACCAGCUGCCGAUAAAGAAUUUGCCAGAAUUUCGCGUCUAUAAACCGUCUCGUUGCGGGCAAGGUGACAUGUGCUGCUUAGCAUGGUACCCGGGGAUAUUGGAGAAUUUUGAAAACGAGACAAUUUUUGUUGCACGGCAAUCGUGUGAUCGCUUCGGUGGUGGGACAUAUUUGUGUCAGAAAAAUGCAACUUCACUCAGAUCGUUAAUAUUACGAAAACUUAUAAAAAGCACCCUCGAAAAUUUGAAGAAACGCCUUCUGAAACCAGUCAUAUCGGAAGAGAAGACUGAGCCUCUCAAAAAAGAGCCGGAAAGACCGAAAAAUGUUUCCGAACAGAAGCCAAAAGAAAUGAAGAAAAGCGAAACCGCAGAACUCAAUCAACAGUAUUUAUUGCCGAACUGCGCAAAACGUAUGAUGCAUACGCCUGUUACAGAUGAAGUAAAAGUUGAUCAGUAUUAUCAGGAGCAGUUGAUGAGUGCCCCAGCGAUUUGUUUGCGUCUUGUUCGCGUUGAGUUGAAUUCUACGCCAUCAGGACGUCGUUGUUCGUCAGCGUUUAUUGCUGUAUAUCGUAUCAUUAUAAAGUACUGUUUCCGAUUACUUCUUGGAGCGCCAUGUCUGAGGAAUCGUAUAAAACUGGUAGCGACGUAUCCAUUUCGUAUUGUUAAUAUGUUUGUUAUCACUGGUACUUGCGCCCAUGUAACAUUUCUCACUUUUUUACUUAUCGUUGGUGCGGCGGUAGUUGGUGGGUAUCGCCAACCGAGGAAACAUAAGAACGUAACGGCUGGUAAUUCUGACGGAAUUUCGAGAGCUAUCGAGGAUCUACGCGGCCAGAAGAUCGAUGAUGACGAAGACGACAAGGAAGGAAAUCCGGAUGAUGGUCUCUGA